CACUUGGAGCAGUUCUUCCCCGUCAAUGCGAUAUCGCCGAGAACAUGAUCGUUGUCGAGGUCAGAGUUUCGGGGCUUCCAGAAGCCAGGAUCGAUUGGGUUGUUCAGAUUCGCAUCAAAAUAUGAGCGCGUCAACAUGUUUCCAUCGCGAAAUCUCGGGCAGAAAUAAAGGAGAGAUUCCGGCUGUGAAUUUGAUCCUCAAAAUGCUGUACCAGAGUGGUAUCGCACAUUGAUGAGUGGGUAUUCAAGCGGCUGAAGCUGGCACAUUUGGCUUAGAGGCAGUCGAUUCCGCAGUCGGAACAAAUGGUACCACGAUGGGCGGCGACAUCCACUUCCACCCUCGAAAAGGCUGCAAGACAAGCUGGAGAACCGAGCAUCGAUCAUUCACAUAGUGUCCACGAUGUCCGAGGCAUUUUGUUUCUCGUAGUGUUCUGUGAGGUCUCUGUGAAUGCUCGUUGAGUCCCUGUGCGCGUUCUAGACUGUUGAUUCUUCCAGAUUUUGUACCACCCAAGCAAAGGAGCAUUGCUAUUCCUGUAACGCGCGUACUCGUUUAUGCAGAGAAGCUGUAACCAUAAUCCAAAAAUUGAUACCAGUUCACGCCGAGGAACUAGAAUUCCUCGAAUUGUUUCAUGUUCUACGGUGUCCACUCGGUCGGCAAAAGGCUUCGGAGGACGAUUUGGGCUCGGCCCAUGCCCGAUAUCUCCGACUCGAUCAAUUCCCACCCACGAUCAAAUCUCCGGUUUUGCGAGAGUCCAGAUCGCUUACAGCGUUCUCAAGAGCUAGUAUCCGAAUCCGAGGAGAGUCGCGAUCGAUUCCGAGCUGAAGAAAUUGCAUCGAGAUAAAAUCCCUGAAAGGUCGUACCUCUUCACUCGUCAAUCCAACGCAAAAUUCUUCACUUUCGAAGCUCGAAGCCCAGCCAUGCUCGACUCCCCUCCCCUCCCCUCUUCGAUCGUAAGAAGCAGCGAAGGAGGUAAAAUCACCGCACGAUGUCAGAGACGGGGUCUCGUGAAAGGAGGUGGAAAAUCUCGUGAAUAUAGAACACGAGAUUGAAGAGUUGAACAAAUCAUAAAUCCGCCGUCAGGAGAUAGACAAUUUCCCGUGAGAAGGAAAAAUGGUGAUCACGACGCCGCACGUGGUGAAGUCGAUCCUGGACCUGAAGCCUUACAAUCGGCUGUUCAAGGCGACGAAAUCGGACGUGACGAUCACGGUGCAGGAGAAGGGCGUGCGGGACAGCUGGAGCAAGAAGUUCCUGGACGUCGAGUGCAUGCAGCGGCGCAUCGCCAUCGGACGGACGCGCACGAACGCGCUGCAGAUCGACGACCGGAAGGUGUCGCGGCUGCACGCCGUGAUCGAGUGCAGCCUGGACGGAGUCUGGAGCUUCACGGACGUGCAGAGCCUGAACGGCUCGACCGUGAACGGCGAGGCGCUGCCGCCCAAGACGGCGCACCUGCUGAAGGACGGGGACGAGAUCUGCAUCGGCAAGAUCCGGUGGCACCUGUGCCACAAGCUGAAAAUCCGGCUGCACUACGUGGCGGACGACCUGCCGAAGGAAGAGAAGCCGCCGCCACCUCGGAAGCUGACCUGGCGGCGGAGCCUGUACUGCAACGGGUGCAUGGGCUACGGCCCGCGGCACAGCUGCACCAUGCGCGUCUCCGUCCUGCGGCGGCUCAUCGUCGACGCCAACCGCAAGUCCAACGUGUACGCCGUGCGCCCCGGCAAGACGCUGCUGCAGAAGGCCGUCAUGAAGCGGAUGAGCUUCUGGUGGCCCAAGAAGGAAAGCGAGUACGCGACCGCCGAGAAACUCGUCGUCCCCCGGCGCUACGAGCCCGACAGCGGCGGCCUCGUGCGCCGCCUGCCCGACUUCGACGACACCGCUCCGCCCUCGCCCGUCCAGUACCCCGUGUUCACCUCCAGCUUAAGCAUUUGACCUUCGGUCUCUUCUUUCCUCUCGAGGUUCGCCAACAUGUGACUGCCGGUCCCUUCUCCUCCGGCCGGCCUUCUCGACACGGGCACCCUCCCUCCCGCCCUCCUCGGGACUUUCCGUUCGGCUUUCUGCAGCCAUCCGUCCCGCUCCGUCCGUUGCUGUGGUGAUCGUGCGACGGCGGGGGUUUAAACCCUAAACCCUGCCCCGUCCCCUUCGUACGUUGCCUUCUCCGUCGGUCCGUCGGGGGGCGACGUGCGUGUACAGCUCCGGGAGCUUCUGCCGGCUGGAUUUGGAAUUCCGGCAGGCAGGGGGUGAAGCCCGUACGUGUGCGGUCGUUAGGAUGGACUCCGUUCCGAUUUACAGUCCGAAGGAAGGGUGACGGUUGUUCGGACCCCUGUUCGUUGGACGUCCCAGUGGCAGGAAAUCGAAGAAUUCAUCGGCAUGUCUGUGUCUCGAUCGACAUCGAAUAUGAGUGCGAGACCUGCCAGACGAUCGACGAUGCCGUGAUUUGUACAAGAUCGGGAGUGCAAGAGAGACAUUGGAAUGAAUGUGUGUCAGCUGAUCGGUGCUCAGUACCCCUGCGAGAGAGCCGGAACCAACGCCCGUCCUGCUGCCAUCUUGGACUCGAGACAUCGGACACCAAUCCAUACCCCCCGAUCUCAGAUACCUCAAGCUCUUCGUCGUAAGCAUCUGCUCGUUUGGCAACCGAGUCGAGGCAGAAGCGUCAGCAGUACCAGUGGCAAACGAAAACUGCAGACUUUGAGUACUUCUAUAGGAUUAGUUUUGGAGGGCAGACGACGCAUAGUGACCGUGGACUUUAAUAAAUGUGAUACACUUGACGUAGAAAUUACAUGCUUGUUGAGGCCUUUUCAGUUCCGACGCCACACAGGUGACCAAUAACCUGGCCCAUGAUCCGGAAGUCCAUUUUGAACAUUGAACUCUUACGUGCAUCCAAAUGAACAGAACCUC